UUCAUUGUGCUUGACAUUAUCUUACUCUCGACAAAUAAAAAUUUAACAAAAUCUGCCAGUUGUACAAUUCAUUACACUUCGGCGCGUGAAACAAUACAGUGAACAAUGGGUACAGACACAGCAACUACCAUGGAAGAGAAAGUGCCCCUGCCCAAAAAAACAAAAAAAUGGGGCAUCAACAAGAACCUGAUUAUGUUAAAAGUGACCCUAUUCUUCCUUUACGGAGCAACCUCAUCCCUCGUACCUUACUUAACCAUUCACAUGCAAAGUUUAGGUAUCACAAUGGAAGAAAUAGCAAUGAUAUACCUCGCGCUGCCCUUCACCACGUUCGUCGCCCCUCCCAUCACCGGGUUCUUAGUGGACAAAUUUGGAAGAUACAAACCCGUUGUUAUAAUUUCAUUUAUUCUAACAGCAGCACUACACCACUGUCUUCUCUUACUACCGCACCAAGAAAUAGCAGGCGCUGUUCCCUCAGGAUACAUCAUCACGCAUCCCAAAAAAGGAUACGUGGAAGUGUGGUGGAGUCCGUGUCCCAGCAGGGAAUGCCCGGAAGACGAAGAACUAGACGUUGCUUUAGACAUGUGCGUAGAUCAUUGCAUCUUCAAGAAACCCCAGGUCGUACCUGAGGGAAACAAACUCCUCGACCCUGGAAAUACGGAUGACUUGUACUUCCACUUGAAGAAAAACUUGAAAAACAACACUCGGCAUGGGAACUCAACUCAGCUGCUCACCCUCGACAUGCACCCGAAUUUGGGCGAACCCAUCGAACAAGGGGGUAUCGAUUUGGAUUCGGGUGAAGAAGACGACAACGUCAUGGACAUCAAAAAACGGUUCAGAGAGAAACUCCUGAGAAGGUAUAGGGUUAACGUGACGGAACUGGACGAAAAGGAUCUUCGGUGUGGUGGUUUAGUGUCCGACGGGACCGACUUAAGUUCGCAGCAACGUUUACGAAACUACUCGAACGACUGCAUUUUACAAAAAUGCCAUUUCAUUUCGGGGGGACCGGAAACUUGUCCCCCCGAAUUCAAAAAAAGCGACGACAAAGUUUUCUGGAUAUAUUUCGUUUUGAGGUUCAUGGCCAGUAUCAUGCAGACGGCAGGGAUGACUAUUAUGGACCCUAUAGCCCUGACUAUGAUCGAAAAAUAUGGCGGCGAUUUUGGCAAAGAGAAGCUGUUUUCGAGUUUGGGGAUGGCGUUAUUUUCGCCAAUCACGGGGGCGUUGAUCGACUGGAACAGUAGAAGGCUAGGUUACACGGAUUACUCUGCCGCGUUCUAUACGUAUGAUGUUUUGUUGAUUGUUGCUUCAAUCGCUGUGUAUUUGAUGCCCCUGGGAACGAAGCUACCAGCGGAUAACAUUUUCCGAGACUUACGCAACAUUUUCAAGAUGGCGCAUGUGGUGGUCUUUAUAAGCUUUUUGUUUAUCUUAGGGAACUUGUGGGGCUUCAUCGAAAGUUAUCUUUUCUUCUAUUUGAAAGAUCUGGGGGCGCCAAAUUAUCUUCUAGGUAUCACUGUGACAGUCGGUACCAUUAGUAGUAUGCCCUUUUUGUACGGUGCAGACAACAUAACGAGAAAAGUGGGCCACAUUACUAUUAUCAUAGUGGCGUUUUUCGCCCAUGCUGCCAGACUCGUUGGAUACUCUCUCAUAGAGAACGCAUGGUGGUGUUUCCCAUUCGAAGCUCUCGAAUCCUUGUCCGUGCACAUGAUGUGGGUGGCAGCGGCUACAUACUGUGCGAUUUUGGCCCCUAAAGGAUUACUAGCGACUCUGAUUGGAGUAAUCGGCAUGGCCCACUUCAGCAUAGGAAGAGGCAGCGGUAGCUUCGUCGGAGGUCACGUGAUUGCCAAGUUUGGCAUCCGUCAGGGUUUUCGGGUGAUGGGGCUGGUCGCCGUCACUUCUGGUAUCGCUUACGCCCUUAUCCACUGCCUGUGGUUACGAAAAAUUGAAGUCGCUGAAGAUGAAAGUACCGACGUAAAAGACGUGGAGCCUAAAUUUAAAGAUCAAAGUACGAUGGUCAGUUUUGAAAGGUUGAGUUUAGUCAUUGAAUAUAACCAGAUUGGGUCUUUAACGUCCUUGGGAAGAAAUAGGGAGCACGCUCUUAUUACUCGUGCUAGGAGUAAUAGUAUACGACGUGGUAGUUACUCCAGUGGGAUGUUCAAAGUUGCUAAAGGAAGUAGUUCCAAGGGUGAUCUGUUAAAAUCUGCCAUUGAGGUUAACCACCAUAAAAGUUCUGGUCAGAUGAAGAUUUCGAAUAAUUAUCUUAACCGUCAAACUGCUAAUAGUACCGGAAAGAUUUAUGGCGAUAUUAAGACUGGAAGUCCGUCCGAAAUGGAGAUCGAGACGUUGAUCCCAAACGAAAAAGAUGAGAUUAUUUAUGACACAGUCAAGUCACAGAACAGUAAUUCAAACAAAGAUAAUCCAGUUUAGUUUUUUAUUACGACGUAGUUUAAAAACAACUAAGUUAUUUCUGUACGACUUAUGAAUGGAAUAAAUCUAAUAAAAGAAUUAUUUAUACAAA